CUAGCAAAAGCACUGGCGAUCAUUGAUACUUUUAAAAAUAGGCCCACUAAAUGUCAAGCUUGACACUGCUAAUAGCGUUCCAAUUUCAAACAGCAAACAAGACAAAAACGUCUUGUUGUUAUGACGUAUACAAAUAAAUAUUUCUUGUUAUGUGGUGCGCGUGUGCUGUGUUCCAAAUGUACUGAAAUCUGUUUAUUUAGAAUGCUUAAAAUGUGUCGAAAUUAGGGAGUAGUCAUGAAGGCCAAUAUGCGUAGCAAGAACCAAGUGUAUAGUGUGGGUAACUACUUAAUGACCGGCAAAGUGCUUGGCAAAGGCCACUUUGCGAGAGUAGAGGAAGCCACCCACAGAAUAAUAGGCAAAAAGGUGGCCAUAAAGAUCAUUGACCUGACGCUCAUCAAAGAAGAAUACGCGCGGCGCAAUCUCCAUCGCGAGCCCAGAGUCAUGUCCAAGCUGCGCCAUCCCUGCAUCGCCGCGCUCUACGAAACCAUGAUGCACGGCCCACGGCUGUACGUGGUGAUGGAAGCGGCCGGUGGCGGCGACUUGUGCGCGCACGUGCUAGCCGCCAGGGGAGUGAGAGGCACGCGCGGCCUCCCCGAAGCGAGAGCGCGGGCGCUGGCGGCGCAACUGGUGUCUGCUGUGAGACACAUGCAUGCUAGGGGAGUUGUGCACCGAGAUUUGAAAAUGGAGAACAUCAUGUUGGACACCACGAAACAGUACAUCAAGAUUGUAGACUUUGGGCUAUCGAAUAUUUGGAGCGCGGGCGGCGCGCUGCGGACCCCGUGCGGCUCGCUGGAGUACGCGGCGCCCGAGCUGUUCGUGGACGGCCGCCGGUACGGGCCUGAGGUAGACUUGUGGAGCAUAGGCGUGAUCGUAUACGGAAUGGUGACUGGUGGCCUGCCGUUUACUGGCGCGGACGGCAGCGGGGGCGGAGGGGGUACGGGAGGGGCGGGGGCGGGGGGAGGAGAGACUAGAUCUCGGCCCCUGCUGCGAGCCGCCAUCGCAAGGGGGUUUACUAGGAAACAACGCGCUGCAUUGGCCUGCGUCUCUUCAGAAUGCAAGGCGUUCAUCCAGCACCUAUUGGAGCCCAAUGUGGAGCUGCGCAUGAAGAUCGAAGAAGCGGCGCGCCAUCGCUGGGUGCGACGCCCAGGCAUGAGGAUGAAAACGCAUCCUUUAGGCACCGUCGAACCCAAGACCAAUCGAGAGAUAUACAAACAAAUAUCGGAGCUUAGCGGGCAAACCUUCAUGGACGUCGUAGCGCAAAUCAAAGCGGACCCUUUCGGCGCCAUCGCCGGCAUCUACAACAUCCAGACGCAUCUACACCAAAUGACAACAAUGUCUGGCGCCGAUCUCCUAUGGUCUUCAAAUACACAAGAAGCGAGGCCCCUUACACCGCCCGAAUACCUCGCGAAGAAUGAAGAAGCAGAGGCAUCCAGCAGCAAAACAUUUACGACCCUGAAGACAUUCGCGCCCAAAAGACUGCCGAUGCCGCCUAAACUACCAGACCCAACUCCCAAUAGAAUCACUCCAAAUCUCCCUCUAAACGGUUCACAUGCUACCGGCCAAUCGAAUCAUCCAAUCACGAGACUCAAACCUAACGACCAAUCGAAACCGACGAAAGGCCCGCCAAUACAGAGCCCCAGGUUUUCUAUGGUCAGGCCAGUGACUGGUAGUUACGCACUAAAAAGUCCCGUGUUCAAAGUGUACGACAACGGCGACUGCGGGCUGGAUCCGAGGCUGCCGAGUAUAGAGGAACAUUCCAAUACAGAGUUGAGCGAUCCGAAGAAAUGUAUAAUGAGAAACAUGAGAACUCCUUGCGUUAAGAAGGUCAAUUUGGAAGAGAGGACGAUCAGACUAAACAGCUGCCCGAAUAGGAACGGGGAAGUGAAACGAUCGGAGUUUUACAGGAGAGCCGGUGAUGGAUUGCCAAGUUGGCGAGCUAGCGGGCCACUGAACGCACCACCAGCAAGAAUACUCCUGCAGAACAACGCCACUACCAUCAAACGAGCAUCCCUAGGUAACAUUGUCAGUCCGCACUCGUCGACAAACAGUCACUGCAAGAGCGAGAGAGGAAUACCUGUGGGAUGGUAUUCGAGCAGGGCUGUCAACAAGGAACCCCCGCACCUACAGCGAUGGAGACGAACGACACCCCUGAAAUAAACUUUGCUACACCUCUACGUUUUAACAACUUUUGUAGAACCAUUUACUUGUCAUCGUGAUUGUAAUUUUAAGUGAAUAAAAAAAAGUUUAUUCUAAUUAAGUACGGGCAUGGAUUGCUUUUGGACGGACGCUUUUUUGGAAUAUUAUUAACCCGUAUUGUAGUUUUAUUAGUUUUACAUAAAUCAAUAGAGUGAUAUUAGUUACUUUCAGAGUAUUUUAUUCAAGCUUAAUAAACAACAAAAUAAUAACUAACAAUAACAAUAAUAUAAUAAUUAACAAUAAUUAACAUAAAUAAUAAUUAAUAAUUAACAUCGGGUAGGGUGGAGUUAUCGGACCUAUCUAUAAAAUUAAAAAACUGGCACGAUUGGUUUUUCACAGGUUUUAUUUAGGUUUUAUUUUUUUUCACAGGUUAUUUCUGAGGUAAAAGCAUUCGUGCGAAUGGAAACACUAUCGGCAAAUGGAAUGCUUUGCCCGCUCAAGUUCUAUAAAUUAAUAAUAAUAAUCACGUUCUAUAAAAUAAUAAUAACAUUAUUUUCUUUAACAUUGGUUUAGUCACAUUCUAUGCAAGUGAUUGAAUCCACCUGAUAAGGCAAAUAAUGGUGUCGAUUCUUCUCUAAACUUAAAACUCAAUUUGACAUCAGUCUCUCCUUUGCAUUCUGUAUAGAGAAUGACAGGGAUGCACUGUUGUCAAAUUUAAGUUUAGCUUUAGAGAAUCAUGCUAGAAUCGA